AUGGGUCCUACCCAGGAUGGAAAAGCAGAGCGUAUGCUCGGUGACCUGCGUCUUCGACAUGAGGAAACGAAUGAUAUUAUACUCAUUCCUAAGCCAUCAAAUGACCCAAAUGACCCCCUGAAUUGGUCUCGUCCAUUCCGAUACUACAUCGCCAUUGUGGUUUGUCUGGCUGUCUUCUUCUGCAACUUCCUCGCUGCCGGACCCACAGUUGCUAUUGUAGAAACGACCAUUGACUUUACCGGCCCUAUGGGACCGGAUUUCUCCGCUCAUAUAUCCAAAAUUGCCUUCUUUUAUAGUACUACCUCGCUUUGUCAAGGUCUAGGAAUGCUAUUAUGGAUGCCGCUGAUCAUCAAGUACGGGCGCCGCCCUAUAUAUGUGUUCUCCUUCAUUCUCUACCUGGGUACUGGUCUCUGGUGCGCGUUUGGGCGCGACUACGGCGUCGAGCUGGCGGGGCGCAUCGUGAUGGGGUUUGCUGCGGGGGCGGGGGAAUGCCUGGGCCCUCUUACCAUCGCGGAUUUGUUCUUUCUACAUGAACGUGGAGCGAUUAUGGCAAUGUAUACGGCAGCUCUGUCCAUGGGAGUUGCCGCAGGAAUCAUCAUCGAUGGGCUGAUCACCAUCUCCCAUGACUGGCGCUACAUCUACUACGUUGCGUCUGCGCUGAUCGGAGGCGUUACCCUCUUGGUCUUCUUCACCUUUCCGGAGACAAUGUUUGAUCGGCGCGUUGCGUUCCAAGCGGAGCAGGUUACGGUGAAUCAACCAAGAAACCCGGGUAUCUCAGAUACCGCUAAGACCUCAUCAGAGCACAGCGAGUUGGGUCAAGGGCAAUUCCGGGUACUGCCAAAGAAGCAGGGCUAUCUCCAGUCAUUGGCUAUUUUCAGUGGUGUCCAUACCUCUGAAUCACUGUUCCGGGUGUUUAUUAGACCCAUUAUUCUUAUUGGUCUUCCCUCGGUUCUAUGGACCUCACUUGUCUUUGCUGUCACGAUCGGAUUCCUAGUCGCGAUUACCUCGAACUUUGCAACUGCUUUCUCACAGACAUAUGGGUUCUCAGCUUGGCAGUCCGGCCUUUGCUUUAUCUCUAGCAUGAUUGGGUCCUUCGUGGGCAUUGCCUUUGGAGGCCAUUUGUCCGAUUGGCUUGCAGACUGGUUCACCCGUCGCAAUGGCGGUAUUCGCGAACCAGAAAUGCGUUUGCCUGCCAUCGCAAUCGGAGGUUUAUGUGCUCCCGUCUCCCUCAUAUUGUACGGGGUGGGAAUUCAAUGCAAGACCCAUUGGAUGCUCCCCACCGUCGGCCUGGGUUUGCUGAAUUUCGCCAUCGUUCAGGUGACUAACGUGACAAUGGUGUACGUGAUUGAUAGCUAUCGACCCGCCGUAGGUGAAGUCACAGUCUCUAUUUUGGCAUUCAAGGCCGCUUUCGGAUUCCUUCUUUCGUUCUAUACGAACCCGUGGAUUGACCUUGAGGGCUAUAUCGCGGCCUUCGGAGAGAUGGCUUGUAUUUCCGGGGUCGUCAUUUUGUUUUCUAUCCCAUUCUACUUCUGGGGCAAGCCCUUGCGAUAUCUAACGUGGAAGUGGCGGUUGAUGGAAAAAUAUGCGCACUGGGAUAUGGACCGGGAUGUAGGAGAGUACGACAUGUAA